CCAGCGACGUUAGUAACUAGCCAGGAAGCAGUUCAGCUGACAGCUUGAGUGAAUCACUAACUGGUUCAUCAGAAAGGACCUUUACAACCUGACUCGUGUCUCUUCAGUGUUUAGUUUUACACUGAUCCGUCCCACCUGUAGGAGUCGGGUGUUGUGUGGAGCCACGUGUACAGGAACUGAGCCUGACUGGAAACUACUGCAGGCAAUCAUGGCUGUUUGGAGAAAACUGUGGUGCAGAAACCUCCUGGCAGUGUCUCUGCUCUUCUACAUCCUGCUCCACACCAUGGAUGUUCACGCACGGCCAGCCAACAUGUCAGCCGCAAAAGAGAAAUCUCCAGCCAGCAAGGACGACAACGAGAUCCUCCCCCAAGACCACCUAAAUGGGGUGAAGAUGGAGAUGGAUGGCCACCUCAAUAAGGACUUCCACCAGGAGGUUUUCCUGGGUAAAGAGAUCGAGGAGUUUGAGGAGGACUCGGAGCCAAGGAGGAACAGAAAGAAGCUGAUUGAUAUUUUCACCAAAGUUGAUAUCAACAAGGACAAGAGUGUUAGCGCCAAGGAGAUGCAGCGCUGGAUCAUGGAGAAGACGGACGAGCACUUUAAGGAGGCCAUGGAGGAGAACAAGAACAGUUUCCGUGCUGUUGACCCAGACUUGGACGGUCACGUGACAUGGGAUGAGUACAAAGUCAAAUUCCUGGGCAGCAAAGGUUUCAAUGAAAAGGAAAUUGCUGAGAAAAUUAAGAAAAAUGAAGAUCUGAAACUGGAUGAGGAAACUCAGGAGGUUCUGGAGAGCCUGAAGGACCGCUGGUUUCAGGCCGACAACCCCCCAGCUGACCAGCUGCUGAAUGAGCAGGAGUUCCUGUCUUUCCUCCAUCCUGAGCACAGCAGAGGCAUGCUCCAAUACAUGGUCAAGGAGAUUGUGCGCGAUUUAGACCAGGAUGGCGAUAAGAAGCUGACACUGUCAGAGUUCAUCUCUCUACCGGUGGGCACCGUGGAGAACCAGCAGGCUCAGGACGUCGAUGAUGACUGGGUUCGAGAGAGGAAGAAGGAAUUCCAGGAAGUCAUUGAUGCAAACCGUGAUGGCAUUGUAACCAUGGAGGAACUGGAGGAGUACAUGGACCCGAUGAACGAGCACAACGCUUUGAACGAGGCCAGGCAGAUGAUUGCCGUCGCGGACGAAAACCAGAAUCACAACCUGGAGCUGGACGAGAUUCUCAAGUAUAGCGAAUACUUCACGGGCAGCAAGCUCAUGGAUUACGCCAGAAAUGUUCACGAGGAGUUCUGAAGACACACUUUCCCCCUCUCAGUCCACUCGGCAAAGCAGGAGCAACAUCCUACAUCUGCUUCAGGGACAAGCCAGAUGAGGGGGGAGGAAGGGGUGGGGGGGGGGGAGGAGGGGGGGUGCAAAUUAAUGAUAGGAUGUUCUAGUGUGCAAUUCUGUGUUUAAAAGCCUCAACGGCCUCUUUCACUGCUGACUCCAAUUAAUACAUCCUUCCUUCAGCCCUGGACUGUCUGCCAGCCAUCAGAGUUAACAUGGUCUGCCUUCUGUGUUCCAUUGGACUUUUAAAUGUUGGGCAAAUUUGUUUGUGUGAUAUUGUGAAAUGUGUGUAUAUGAGGAAUUUUAACCCCGACUAUAGAUAUUUUCGUUCCAGGCGCAAUGGCGAGGGGAGACUAGGCGAUAUUACCAUUUGUUCUGCAGGAUCUGUCGUUUUUAGCUGGCGUGUCUGUACACAGUGUAAAUAUGCCUCCGUCGAAGAGAAAAGCUGAAAAAAUAACUAUAAUGCUGCUACAAGGAUAAAACCCUUAUAGAGAUAUCAUUAUAAAGAGUUUAUUGAUGACGCGCUCCAGACUUCCCCCAAAUUCAAAGGCGAUUUUGUCAUUAGUUGUGUACAGUUCCAGUAGUUUCCAUUAUAGAUGGCAUCCGUCCUACUUAUCGACAGGGUUAAAAAAAAAAAAGUCUAACUUUUAAAAGCUGCCUCAAUAACGUACAGUGAUCCUUCUUCGCACAGACUUUCAUUAACAAUUUAUUGCCAGAGUAAUAUAUGAGAACAAUGUGCCUUUUUCCUGCCAGACAUUUUGACUUAUUGAAGGAAAAGUACACGUGUAAACAUAACAUGUGUUUCAGGUCAAAAUGUCUCCUGUAUGUAAAGGUCUAUUGUUUUGUUCUUGACUAAAAGCAAUCUAAUCCUUGCUCUUGUUAAG